UCUUGAGCUGGGGAUGGAUGGCUGGAGCGUGGCUCUGGUGUGCUGCGUGUUCAAUCCCAUCCGUGGGGAGACAGAUGUGAAGGAUUGGCAGCACAGAGAGCACUGAGGCUGUUCUGUAAACACAGCAGCCUUGCAAAGCUGAGCUCAGAAGGGACCACACUGCUGGGUGUGAGUGGCUGUGACUGCAGGCAGCUGAGAGCAGUGACAGCACCACACACUGCUCCAUCUCUGCUGCAGGGGAGGGCAGCAGGGCUCCAGAGGCUGGGGAGCAGCUCCUGCCCUUCCUCUUCACUGCUCACCUCCUUUGGAUGAGACUUGGGCAGGAAUAUUUGCUUGGCUACAAGGUGAAGAGCAUGGGAAGGUGAUUUGAAGACAAGGAACUGCCUGUGGGUGCCUAAACCUGAUAUUCUCAGCACCCAGAGCUGAUAUUCUGAAUACCGAAGCCUGAUCUGAUGAACACCUAAGCCUGACAUCCUGAACAUCUAAACCUGAUAUUCUGAACCUAAACCUGACAUCCUGAACACCCAGCUGGGCUCCAAGGUGGUGGGGGAUACCAAAGCCCACUGAGCAGCCCAUCACAGCCACCACAGCAACCCUUUGGAACCUCUUGGGAUCGUAAUCCUGGGAAAAACAACAGCAAAUUCCGUAGGACUCUGGAUUCUAAACCAAAAUAAAAAUUACUGCCAAACUUCCAGCAGAUCUACUUUGGGACUGAGGCUGGGAAAAGCAUCUGAAGGAAGCAAACUGUGCUGAGCAGGGGGCCCAAGGAGAGCUUUCCUUGCUUGCUCCAUGAUGAUCUCUGCUUAAGGGCUCCUGGCCACGUGUGGAAGAGGCAGAAGAAACCUUUGCAAGCUCCUUCCCAUCUCUGUUAGACCUAAAGCGAGGAAAUACUUUUGGAUAAGAGCGUGGGUUGGUGGAUCUUCUUGAAGGAUGUCUGGCCAGGAGCCUGAGGACUUUGGAGCAGAAAUGGUGUCGGAAAAGUCCCGGAUGAUGCCUGGGCUCCCCCCGUAUGACAUGGACGAGCGGCUCCUGCCCGGUGAGCCCCGCAGCCCCUGCUGCUGCCUGGCCUGGACCCUGCUGAUAGGAACCAUCAACUCCCUGCUCUUCCUCCUGAAUUUGCUCCUGAUGUUUGUUAUUUUCACCGUCGUGCUGCUUCCUACCAUCGUGGUGGUUUACUUUGGUUUCCAGUGCCACUCCCAGGUGCUGCACUCCUCUGCCCGCUACUGCAAGAGCAUCCUGGAUGACAACAGCUCCUCUGCCCUCAUCAUCCUGGGCUUUGUCAUCAUGUCCCCACUGCUGGUGGUGGCCAUGGCCAUUUACUGCAGCCUGGCACGGCGCCUGCAGCUCCUGGUGUGCUUCCAGCCCUACAGCCUGGCCCUGUACAAGGGGGGCCGCUGGUGCCACUGCAGGGAGGGGGCUCUGUGCUGUGCCAGGGGCUGCAGCACCCAGCUCAGGGCCUGGGUGUGACCCUGCAGCACCAGCAGUGUCCCCUCCCUGUGCCUGUCCUCAUCCUCAGCCCUCCCUGCAGAGCUGCCACUGCUCAGCCAGGUCACCCUGUGGUUUACCCCAAAAAUCUGCAAUGGAAACACAUGUGGGACGGGUAUAAGGAGAGCAGGGCAGCUUCAUCUUCCAAAUCACCCUGUGGUUUAUCCCAAAAAUCUGCAAUGGAGUGAAAAUACAGCAUGGGACAGGAGUGGGGUGGGCAGGGCAGCUUCAUCCUUCCAAAUCCUCCCAUCCUUCCAAAUCACCCUGUGGUUUACCCCAAAAAUCUGCAAUGGAAACACAUGUGGGACAGGUAUAAGGAGAGCAGGGCAGCUUCAUCUUCCAAAUCACCCCGUGGUUUAUCCCAAAAAUCUGCAAUGGAAACACAGCAUGGGACAGGUGUAGGGAGGGCAGGGCAGCUUCAUCCUUCCAAAUCCCCUCUGGUGUUGUUUUUGGUGUUGUUUGUUGGUGUUGUUCCUGCUCAUCACUGGCUGCUGUCCCCUUCAGAACCAUUUUGUCUGCCCUUUAGAACCAUUCCCAGUUUUCUGGAGAAAUAAAGUUUGUGCCCAGUCCCCCCUGGAGGAGUUCACUCUGUCUCAAAGCUGUGGCUGCAGCAGAACCACCUCUUGUUCUCCACUUGGUAGCACUGUAAGGUAAAAUGGAAUUUUUGUUCCCUUCCUGAGGAUUGAUUUUUCCUGCUAUUUGCCCUGUGUGGCCGUGAUACCACCCAGAGGAAUAACCAGGGGUGGCUACCGGGGGAAGUGAACUGGAGGGGAAAAAAAUAAAAAGGAGGAAAAUGAGUUGACAUUUUCUGACAAGACUGAAGAAAACCACGAAAGUUGUGCUCCAGACAGGGAGAUCGUGCUGGAGGAUAACCAGGUUUUGCCUGAGGGCAGUGUCUGCUCACAGGGUGCAGAUAUUUGAUAUGAGCUGCUGUUCCUUUUGCUCACCUGUUGUUUAAUCCAACUGCUUUUAAAAGGAAAACACUCUUCAGCCUGGCAGGGCUGCAGGUAUUGUAAUGAACCCUCCCCACUGCUGUCCCUGCAAAGAAACCCAGAAUUAUUUGCUACAGCCUCCCCAAUAAAGCAAACUUGCAUUUCAUUUAGUAUUUCGUUUCACAGAGCAUUUAAUAACGAAGGGGAAAUGAAUUUACCUGCAAUGCCACAGAGAGCAGACAGCCCAGGCUGUACCUCAGGGUGUCCUGGCAGGGCACAGCCCCAGCCAGGCAUUCCAGCAGUGCUGCAGCUCCCAGGCGAAGCUGGAUUGAUCCUAAAUUUCCUGUGGAGAGCCCAGAGCCUGAUCCCAAACCUUGGAUCAGGUCCUGGGGCAGCUGUGCCAGCCUGCAGGGACUGUGCCACAGAUGUGGGGGAUCCCUGGCUCUGCCUCCUCUUCAUUCCCACAGGCAGGGCUUUGUCCUGGCAGCUCCCAAACCAGCCCAGAGCACAGCAGGGAGGACAGAGAGAAAUUUAUUUUCACUGGGUUUUUUUUGUUUUGUUUUUUUUUUUAAGUGCAACAAUGCGUGGAUUUAAUCCCCCUGCAAGAUCUCCAUGCUCAAAGCCUGACCUGGUUCUGAGGCACUCAGAGGACACAAAAACACAUUUCCUUUGGUCAGGCCCGUGUUUGUUAUUUGUGCUUCCCUGUCCCUGGCUGGUCCAGGUGAAGCACAGGAAGAAGUCUCAGUGGUUAUCAGAUGCCUUCAGCUGUUGGAACACUCAGCUGGGGGUGCUGCAAACACAAACCAUCUGUCAAGCUGAGCUGAGAUCAGGAAGAGCAUCUUCCAGAGCCAAGGACAACAGAGAGUUUAUUGGAAGGAUGCUCCAUUCCUGCUCUGAGGGAGGCCAGGGGAAAGGAAGCUGGAACCUGCUGCACAUACCAUGAGAGGAUGUGCUGCUCCCCAGCUCACACCGGGCACUCCAACGCUCCAAGGGCUUCAUUUUCUGUGCAAAACUCUCCAGCUAAUUUGGCAGGAUCUGCAUGGUGAUUUAACAUGGUAAUAAAGCCCCUAUAACAUGUUCUGGA